CUCUGAUUUCUGCAGUAUGUUCUCUGUGUUGAACUGCAUGAACUAACAAUCCACAGACCACUUUGAUAUUAUUCCACUGAUCAACCAUGCCUUUGGGGAACUUUGGAUCAAAGAGUAGGCUGGUGCUGAGCGCUCUCCUUAUUUGUGCCGUAAUCUUUGAGUUAGAUGCUCAAGAACAGAGGACCACUCCAGGGAAGAAACCCAAGCCAAGCAAACCAAAACUUGGGAAAGCAACAAAUAAAGGACCCAGAGCUGUAACAGCCAAACCAAAGAUCAAAGCUACACCUGUAGCCCCGGCACAGACCUUCCUCACACAGGUGCUUAAUAGAGGGAAAUUUAAGAAGGUGGGAGAAACUAUAAGUGUGCAGACAGGAGACACUCUGGAGCUGAGGUGCAGGGGCAAACCUGUGCGGUGGAGCGUCCCCACGUACCUGGAGGAGGAUGAUGAUGGAAGGCUCAGGACUGUCCAACAUGAGCGAUAUGGCGUUCUGACAUUAGUCAACACUACUGGUGCAGACACAGGGGAGUACACGUGUUAUCCAAUGUACUGUGAAGACACCGACUGCAGGAAGGAGUAUGACAAAGCUGUCAAAGUCUUUGUCUUCUUUCCCGACCCGCAAGAACUAUUUGUUCCGUCUGCCGACUACUACGAGGUGAUUCAGCUGAGGACCAACUGGCCGACGCUCCUCCCCUGCCAGGUGACGUCACCUGAGGCUAAAGUGACUCUGCACCGCGAGUUCCCACCAGCGGAAGUGGCAGUGGACGGGACGGAGAUCUCCUUUAACGUCAAGAAGGGCUUCACCAUUCAUCGACCCCGGCCUUAUCAUGCUGGAGCCUUGUUCUGUGUCGCCAGUCUGGGCAACCUGAGGCAGAGCUCCACCAAGUACAUGCUCAUCUAUGUUAACUACCCCAUGGCUCCUCCUGCUCCAGUGAUUCAGGCCUCAUCGAGCUCAGUGUCUGUGGGUGAGAAUCUGCGUGUCAGCUGCUCUGCAGUGGGGGAACAGGACGUGGUUGUGGAGUUCACCUGGGAAUACCCAGGACAGCAGAUUGGGAGGCCCCUGUACACACAGGACAGCCUCACUCCAGUCGGUGGAGGAACACAGCAGUCUCAGUCUGUCCUCCUGGUGGACGAGGUGAGGGAGGUGGACCAGGGAACAUACACCUGCACCGCCCAGAACCUGCAAGGAGCCAAAUCAGUGUCUAUCGCUGUUAAAGUUGUCCCUAAAGCAAAACCUAAAAAACCAUGAAGCAUCAAAUCUGGAUGACAUCACCCUCUCUCAGAUGAGAGAGAGAGAGAGAGAGAGAGAGAGAGAGAGAGAGAGAGGUGGAGAUCAGGUGCUGCUCCGUCACAGUAUUAAACAGUAUUUUAUCAGUCUCACAUGAAUAUAUAAUUACAACACAACUCAUCUUCUCCUUCUGUCACCUUGAGUAGCAGAAACACCCUGCAGCAUCACAAUAAUAACAGAUUUUGUUGUUUAGAUGAAUGUAUGUAUAUUGUUGGGCAUUAAGCUUGUGUAUUCAAACUUUUAUAUGCAUAUAUUAUUUCCUGUCUUUUUCUACUUGUUUCAUAAUGUGCAUGACUUGCCAAAGAUGAAGGCAUA